AUGGCCAAAGGUCUGCACAGGGCUCUGCUGCAGCAGCAUCCAGAGGAUGACAGCAAGUGCUCCCCCCGGCCCCAGGACCUGAUCCGGCUUUAUGACAUCAUCUUACAGCUGACCCUUGAGGACCGGGAAGGCAAGGGCCUGUCGUUUUCCUUUGCCUGUAAUCUUGUGGAAUUGCUCCAGCUUCCUGGUUUAGAGGAAGACAAAGUCUUCCAGAAAGAGAUAGGCCUCAAGAUUCUGGUGUUCGAAGCUUACAGGUGUUUUUUCAUUGCUCAGUCCUAUGCGCUGGUGAAGAAGUGGAGCGAAGCACUUGUCCUGCAUGAUAGCAUCCUGAAAUAUGCAGAUGAAGUAAAUUCUGAUGCUGGCACCUUCAAGAACAGCCUAAAGGACCUGCCUGAUGUGCAAGAGCUCAUCACUCAAGUGUGGUCGGAGAAGUGCUCCCUGCAGGCUGCAGCCAUCCUUGAUGCAAAUGAUGCUCAUCAAACAGAGACCUCCUCCUCCCAAGUCAAGGACAAUAAGCCUCUGGUUGAACGGUUUGAGACAUUCUGCCUGGACCCUUCCCUUGUCACCAGGCAAGCCAACCUUGUGCACUUCCCACCAGGCUUCCAGCCCGUCCCCUGCAAGCCUUUGUCCUUUGACCUGGCCCUCAGCCAUGUGGCUUUCCCACCCCUCGAGGACAAGUUGGAACAGAAGACCAAGAGUGGCCUCACUGGAUACAUCAAGGGCAUCUUUGGAUUCAGGAGCUACCCAGGCUCUUCCUCGGGGGUGGAGGAGAUCCUGAUUCUUAGUCUGUAUUGUGAGAAAAUCCCAGCAAGUUCCAUGAUAUUAAAUCCAGGUCUGCAUUGGCCCGGGGCAAGAGUUUAACAUCUUUGGCCCUGCAUUCCUACAGCUUGUGUCUGUACACAUUCUUAAGCAGUGUGUUAGGAGAGCAGCCUGUUGUCUUCUGGUAAACGUGUGCAGGGUCAUCCUGUCUCCUGUACCUCCUGGGAGAGGGGCCGCUGCUGUCUGGUGCCCUGUGAGCUGUGAUUGAUUGCCUUUGGUCAGUAAUGCGUUCAGGAGUCCACACCAGGCACAGAUGGGGCCUUGAAAUGCUUUGUCAUGCUUCAUGUCAUGUCAUGUCAUGAUUUGAAAUGAACUCAUCCUUGCUGUGAGCAUCCAGGAUCCCUUGAAAAGUUUAUCUGUGACUAUGAAACUGGCAACAUCACCCCAGAAUUACGGUCAGCCUUAUUCCCCUUCACCUCCCAGUGAACGCUAAGAAGUUUCAGACAAGCAGAGAGCUCUAUUUUUAGAAGAAAUAUGUUACACUCAGAAAUGAUGAAACCAAAUCUUAUAUUAAAAGGCAAAGAUGA